GUCAUACUUUUGACAUAUGUCAAAAUCUUAGGAAAACACUGAAAAUGGAAAUAAAUAAUGAGAAAUAAUCCUUUUCAGCUCAAAAGAAUGUUGUAUUCGAAUAUUGGAAUUAAAAAACAUAAUUGGCAAGAGUUAGGCAUAGUGAAAAAUUAUUUAGAGAGGACUUUCCGUUGAAAGUGUGGAAGUGUGUGUUUGUAAAUAAAGACAACCGCAAUAGACCGACAAGGGCUCCAGCCGACCAUGCAAGAUGUUGGAAGGACUGGUGGCAUGGGUACUGAACAACUACCUGGGGAAAUAUGUGGAGAACCUCAACACGGAUCAGCUCAGUGUCGCGCUUUUAUCAGGCAAGGUAGAGCUAGAAAAUCUACCACUCAAGAAAGAUGCAUUGCGCCACCUGGGUCUGCCUAUAGAAGUGAAGGCGGGAUUCAUUGGCAAGGUCCAGCUGCAGGUGCCCGUGAGACAGAUCCGCUCGGCACCCUGGCUCAUAGCCAUUGAGAAGCUCUACUUAGUGGCUGCUCCCGUCAAUCUAGAUGAGUGGGACAGCAGCGUGGAGGCCAGCAUCGCGCACGAGCGCAAGGUGGCGCUGCUGGACGCGCUGGAGGCGCAGUGGCGUGCCGAGCACGAGGCCAGCGACGCGGGCUACUAUGCCUCCUCCUACUCCUCGUGGCUCAGCUAUGGCACGGGGCUGCUCGCCAACAUCGUGGAGAACUUGCAGCUUACACUGAACGACGUACACAUUCGCUAUGAAGACGCGCUGACAUGCCCCGGGCGCGCGUUCGCGUGCGGGCUGGCCGUGGAGUCGCUCGCUGCGGAGUCGUGCGACGCCAACUGGCAGCGCGGUUUCACGCCUCUGGAAGAGCCGUGCUCCUUCAAACUGCUGGAGCUGAACAAUCUCGCGAUAUACUGGGACCCUAUGCCGGUGCCCACCGGCAUGAUGGCUGACUGCACACUGGCAGAGCUAGCUGAGCGCAUGCGGGCCACGUGGGCGGGCGCGCACCGCUUCAUCCUGGCGCCGUCCACCGCCAGCGCGCGCGUGCGCCGCGAGCGCUGCGAGCAGCCGCUGCGGGACCGCGCGCGGCCGCGCCUCGCCUGUCACCUCACGCUCGACUCCGUCUUGCUGCGGCUCACCGAUAGUCAAUACAGCGAAAUGGUCGGAUGCUCGCGCGGACUGGAGCGCGUGGCGCGGCUGCGGGAGAUCCGCGCGCUGCGGCCCGCCAAAGCGCUGCGCGGGCACGCGCGCGACUGGUGGUGGUAUGCGGUCAAGGCGCAUCUGCCGCACCACACGUGGAUGGACCCGAAGCCGAGUUGGGAGCAGUGCGUGGAGGCGGCGGAGCAGACGCGCCGCUACGUGGACGUGUGCCUGCAGACGCUGUGCCAGCCGGCCGCCACGCUGCCGCCCGAGCGCCAGGCCGCCAAGGACGACUUCGAGUGGAGGCAGCCGCUGCACGUGCUCAAGCCGCUGCGAGAGGUGGCGAUACGCAAAGUUCCCAUCUCGACGCCUACAUCUACGCCGGAACAGGCCAGUUCAGGCCGAAGCGUACUAGUACGCUGGUUCCCGCAGUGGUGGGGCUGGUACGCCGAACCGUCGGCCGCACCGCAGCCGACGACUACGCCUGUGUCAUCGGCGAGCACCACCUCCGGCCUCGAAGACGAAAUAUUGGACGUAAUAGCUGAUUCGCUCGACGACAAUACGCUGCUGCGUCGGGACGCCGUGUUCGGCCUCUUCGAGUUCACCCUGCAGAGGGGCUCGCUGGACUUGUGCACGGACACCGAGGAAAACGGCGGCGCCAUGACCGGCGACGGGACGCCGGCGGAAGGCGAAGGCCUGGAGCUGCAGUUCUCGGUGGUGUGCGUGCGGCUGGAGGCGCGGCCGCGCGCCACGGCGCACGCGCUGCAGCUGUCGCUGGGCGCCGUGUGCCUGCGCGACCGCGUCACGCCGCGCACGCUGUUCCCCGUGCUGGUGGCGCCGCAGGGCCUCAUCCGCGAGGGGCUGAGCGCCAUGAACGCGGCGGCCAGCGCGGCGGCGUGGUGGCGCAGCCAGCACCCGCCGCACGCCGCGCCCGAGCCGCCCGACGAGCCGCUGUUCCAGCUGUCGUACGAGAAGCGACCCGCCGGCCUCAACUGCGACUACAAACUGCGCGUCAAGUCCAGUUCGCUGGAGGUGGUGUGGUGCCCGCAGGCGGCGGAGUGGGCGCGGCGCUGGGCGGCGGCGGGCGCGGGCGCCAUCGCGCACGUGCGCCACCACACGCGCGCCACGCUGCACCACCACUGGGACCGCCUGCUGCGCCCGGCGCACGCGCGCCGCCCGAACGAGCGGCGCUCGUGGCAGGUGGAGAUGGACAUAUCGGCGCCGCAGAUCCUGUUCGUGGAGGAGCUGUGCGAGCGCGACGCGGCCGUGCUGCUGGUGGACUUCGGCCGCCUGCGCCUCGCCAACGCGCACUCGCCGGACGAGGAGGCGCCGCCCAAGCCGCAGUCGCAGGACGAAGAUGAAGAGAUGUUCAUGACGCCGUGCUCGACCCCGCCGGGCAGCUUGCUGUCGCCCUCGUCCCCCGCGCCGCAGUCGCGCCGCGAGCUCGACGCCUCGCGCCUGCACACCAGCCUCUACGACAGGUACAAGAUCGAGCUGAGCGACUUGCAGAUCCUCGUGGGGCGCGCGCGAGAUAACUGGAAGUACGCGCACACCAAGGCCACGUCGGCGCUGCAUCUGCUCGACCGCUUCAGCAUCUCCUUGCAGGCGGAGCGGCGCGUGGUGCAGACUGCGGACCCCAUGUACCCGCGCGCGGCGCUGUGCGGCUCGCUGCCGGCGCUGGUGGUGCACCUCAGCGAGCACAAGCUGGCCGCCGUGCGCGCCGUGGCGGCCCGCGCCAGCCUGCCCACGCCGCAGCCUGAGCCAUCACCACAUCAGGACGGACUCAAAGAAGAAGAGCAAGAAGAAAGUAAUGAUAAUUCCGAGACGGAGUUUUCUGAUUUCUCCAUGAAUCAAAACGCGACCCUGCUGAUGCUCCAAUUUGCCAUCGAUCAAAUGUCACUCGAGGUGCAGUCCCGAGGGCGCAGCAUCGCCGAGGUGCAGGUGUGCGGCGUGCGCGCGGGGCUGUGCGUGCGCGCCGCCGACUCGUCGCUGUCGCUGUCCGUGCACUCGCUGCUGCUGGUGGACGCGCUGCAGACGUACGGGCCCGACUUCGAGCUGCUGGUCGCCAGCCACAAGCACGUCGGCAUAGACACGGCGUCUGGCAGCAUCCGCGGCUCGGAGCCGACGUCGCCCACGUCCCCCGCGUCGCCGGACUCGCGCGCCGCGCCGCCGCCGCCCACGCCGCUGGCGCUGCACCACGCGCUGCACAGUCUGCACCACACCAACAACUUAACUCCCCAUUCUAAAGCAGACCCCGGCCGCACAAGUCCCGCACCGAGCUGGAUGACGGGGGCCAGUUGGAACGCCUACGGGAGUGGAGGGUCCAACUGGGGCACGAGCGGUCCGUGGGGCGCCGACGGCGUCCCGUGGGGGGCCGAGGGGGACAUGUGGACCAACGUCGGCGGGCGGGGCGCGCCGGGCCUCGUGGACUCCGAAGCUCUCAUCGCAGUGGAGCUCUGCCUCGUGAAGGGCGACGGGGACUCGGAGGACUUGCGGAUAGCUAACAUAUUGUUCAAUAAUUUAGACGUCAUAGCCAAUCAGGAGACCAUAGUGGAGCUGAUCGGGUUCGCGCACCGCGUGGCGGGCGGCGGCGUGCGGCGCGCGGCCCCCGCACCCGCGCCCGCCGCGCCCGCCGCCACGCUCAGCGCCAGCCUGUUGUCCAUGCCGCCGCCCGACGAUGAUGUCAAGCGCGUGCGCACCGAGAUCACGUUCGACUUCCACCGGCUGGGCGUGCUGCUGCUACGCGCGGGCGUGCGCGGCGGGGCCGUCGUCGCCAACAAGAUCGCCACCGCCACCGUCGGCGACGCGCGCAUACAGGCCACGCUGGACGGAGGGCGCAUCGAAGUGGCGGGCUCGCUGGGCGGCGUGCAGGUGGUGUCGCUGUCGGAGCGCGCGGGCGUGCACUCGCGCGUGCUGGCGGCCGGCCGCGCGCCCGCCGCGCCGCAGCCGCACGACUCGGCCGACGACAAGGCGCUGCUGUUCAGCGUGUGCCGCACCGUGCGCGCGCCCGCCGCCGGCGACCGCGACCCGACAGCGCCAGGCCGCUCGUCUCCCGAAGCGGACGGCGAGCCGGCGGAGCUGGCGGAGGUGGUGGAGGUGGCGGCGUCGCUGCGCGUGGCCAGCGUGUGGUACACGCACUCGGGCCCGCUGCUGCGCGAGCUGCAGUCGUGCGUGGCGGAGUUCCAGCAGUACCUCGCCAACCUGGCGCGCUCCAUCCGCGCCGCCGCCGCCGACAUGGCCAUCGGCCUGGUGCAUCCCAGGUCUGAGACCCUAUAUUCCAACCCGCGCCUGUCGCAGUCGACGGAGGGCGUGUCGCCGCGCCGCCGCACCGCGAGCGUGGGCUGCUCGCUGGACGAGCCGGACCGGGACCCGCGGCUAAUUGUGCUCAGUGUGAGCGUGGAGCUGGAGUCGCCAGUGGUGGUGCUGCCGCGCGCGGCGCGCAGCUCGCACGUGUUCGUGGCGCACCUGGGCCGCAUGAGCCUCGCCAACACGCCGGGCGCGCCGCAGCGCAGCUCCUACCGCGUGCGCGUGCGCGACAUCUCGCUCGUGUCUCUGGACGUGGGCGACAAGCUGCGCGCCGCCAGCGACAACAUGGCGGACGUGUACGACGCGGCGCGCGGCCUGCCCGUGCUGCACGACACCGCGCUGCAGCUCGCCGUCAGCUUCCACGAGCUGGACGACGGCCCGCAGUGCACGGUGGACGGCAAGGUGGUGGGCGGGCUGCACGUGACGGCGAGCCGCGAGCAGUACGAGCAGCUGCUGGAGACGCUGCACUGGCUCGGGGACUGCGCGCCCGCCGACGUCACCGACGGGCCCGUGCGCGCCGCGCCCGCGCCGCCGCCUCCGGAGCCGGUGUCGGUGGUGGAGCCGGCCGUGCCGGUGCUGCGGCUGGACCCCGCGCUGCGGGCGGCGCUGCUGGCCGUGCCGCCGCCCGCGCCGCAUGCGCCGCCGCCGCCCAAGCACACGCCCCUCAUCGUGACGUUCGAGCUGGCCAACUUCACGGUGGAGCUGCGCGCGGACCUGGGCGCCGGCGAGCGCAGCCUGGUGGCGCUCACCUUCCGCGAGUUCUCGCUGCGCCGCGACCACCUGCACCCGCACGAGUCCACCCUGCAGGUGUCGCUGCACUCCAUCACGAUGGAGGACCUGACGAAGGAGCCGGACUCGAAGCACCGCAUGCUGAUGGUGUCGCACACGCCGCCCAUGCCGCCCAAGGCCGUGUUCGUGUCCAAGUCGUGCCCCGACUUCGUGACGGAGUUCCCCGACGACGCGUCCACGGCCAGCUCGCUGCAGCACGUGCGCCCGCUCUGCAGCUCGCUGCCCGCGCAGCUCAACGUCGCCGACCGGAUCUCCGAAAGAGACUACAAGCGAAGCGUGGACGAGAAGUCGGAGGCGAACUGCCCCACGCCGCCGUGCUCGCCGGAGCGCGGGCCCGAGCUCGACAACUUGGUGUGGGUGUCGGUGCACACGCGCCACCCCACGCAUCCGCGCUUCCACGACCUGUACAAUAAGGUGUCAAAGGUGACGAAAGUGGAGUUCAACUGCCUGAAGCUAGUGCUGAGUAUCGACAGCUGGGUGGCCGUGCUGGACUUCUUCGGCGUGGCGGCGGACGAGCCCGACCGCCCCGCCGCUGCCGGCGCGGCUGCUGCCAGUUCAUCCGCAUCAACCAUUGAAGAUGAACGAGUGAACGAAUUGAACAGUAACGUGGAACCGGGCGCCACAGAGAUAGAAAUGAACGUACGUUCGCUGUCUGUCGUGGUGGUGGGCGCGCGCGGCGACGCGUGCCGCGCGCUGGUGUCGCGCGUGCGCGUGCGCGUGCAGGACGCGGCGAGCGGGCGGGACGUGCGCGCCACGCUGGGCGCGCUGGCGCUGGCGGACCUGGCGCCGCGCGCCGUGCUGUGGCGGGAGCGGCUGCGGAUGCGCACUACGCACGCUCUGGACAUACACUACCAGAGGCUGAGUCCCGCAGAGGCGGCGGCGGCGGGCCACGAGACGCGCCUGUCGCUGGAGAUGGGUCCGGUGACGUACGUUCACACGCGCCGCUUCGUGCUGGAGCUGCAGGCCUUCGCCCGCGACUUCAGUCUGCUGCGCAGGGUCAUCGCGCAGGCGAGGCGGAAGGUGACGAGCGCGGCGCCCGACGCGUCUCAGCUGCAGCGCAUGCAGCUGCGCGUGCGCUGCGAGGCGCCCAUCAUCGUGCUGCCGGUGUCGGCGCGCAGCCGCUCCGCGCUGGCGGCCGAGCUGCAGCUGCUGCAGCUGGACAACUGCUUCAAGCGCGCCGGCGACCCCGGCACCGUCAGCAAGAUGCAAGAUACCACAAUAGCGGAGCGCGAGGUGCUGGACGUGCGCACGGUGCGCGCGGAGGGGCUGGCGCUGUGGUGCGCGCGCGCGGCGCGGGGCGGCGGGCGCGGCGUGCGGCUGCGGCGCCGCGGCGCGCCGCUGCUGCCCGCGCCCGCCGCGCUCACGCUCACCGUGGAGAAGAACUGCUGCGACACGCACAACGUGCCGGAAAUGACAGUGCAAGGUCGCCUGGCGACCCUCCAAGCGUCCCUGGACGCGGCGCAGUACCGGCUCAUCCGGGGCGUGCUCACCCACAACUUGGCCGAGCCGUGCGCGGAGCUGUUGGAGCCGCCGCUGCCGGCGCUGGCGCAGCCGCCGGCCGCGCCCGCCGCGGCGUGGACCACGUGGUCGCUGCAGCUGGACCUGCAGGACGUGUGCGUGGAGCUGCGCGGGCCGCGCGGGGCGCCGCCGCUGGCCUGCAUCAACUUCAUCAAGUCGCGGCUGCUGCUCGAGACGUACUCGGAUCUGGCGCAGGACAUUGAUCUCGUCUCUCAAGAAAUCUUGGUGAGCGACAUGCGCUACGCGGCCGAGCCCGCCAACCGGCGCGGCAACGUGUUCAGCCACAUCGUGCAGCCCAUGCCCGACCACCGCCACAGCGUGCAGGCCGAGGUGCACGCCAGAAAACGUCACGAGUCGUCCGCUUACACGAUUCUCGUGAACAACAUGCGGCUGAUGGCGAUCCUCGACUGGUGGGAGGCGGCCAGCCAGUUCAUCAUGCAGCCGCCGCCGCCGCCCGUGGACCCCGACUUGCAGCACCUAGAAGAGUUGUCGUUGGAGAGCGUGGAGGGCGAGUGGAGCCGCAGCGGCGCGGGCAGCCCGGCGCAGCACGCGGCGGCCGGCCAGGUGGAGCUCAAGCUGAACGUCACCGACUCGCAGCUGGUGCUGGUGGAAGACGCGUCGCUGUGGGACACCAACGCAGUCAUAUUGAAGAGCACGACAGUGAUCACGUACCGGCCGGCGGACGUGGCGCGGCCCGUGGUGUGCGAGCUUAACGAGCUGGAGGUGUUCUCGUGCGUGCUGGGGCUGGAGGAGGAGACGGCGCUGUCCAUCGUCGAGCCCGCGCACGUGCACGCCGCGCUGCACGCCGACAGCGUGCUGCACGUGGCUAUCGGCACGCUGAACUUGCGCCUGUCGUACCACGACAUGCGCAUGUUCGCGUCCAUGCUGCAGUCGCUGCCGGCGCAGGCCCGCGUCGCGCUCUCGGGCAAGCCCGAGGAGCAGCAGGCCGCGGCGUGCGCGCCCGCCAACAGCGUGCACAUGCGUGCGGGCGCGCCCUACGCCAGCGCGGGGGGAGCGUUGCCGCGCUGGCUGCGCGCGCCGCCGCCCGCGCGCCCGCCGCCGCCCCACAGGCCCGCGCACGGCCCGCUCAAAGCUAUACAAGUGAACGCGGAGUGCGUGACGCUGUGCGUCAUCGACGACUGCCUGGACUCCGACGUGCCGCUGCUCGAAGUUUCUCUCGUGGACCUGCAGGUGGAACAGGAUUUACGGAAAGUAGAGGAAUCGUUCGAGGACCCGCUGUUGGUGUCGACGCCGGCGAAUGAGGUGGCGGGAGCGGGCGCGGCGGCGCAGACGGGCGGCGGCGCCGGAGGCGGCAAGCUGCGCGCGCAGCUCAGCGCUGAUUACUACAACCGGACGCUGUCGGGGUGGGAACCCGUCGUGGAACCUUGGAGAUUCGACACCAGCUGGGAGUACACGCUGUCGAGCGGGCUGUCGUUGGGGCGCUUGCAGGUGGACGUGCGCUCGGCGGACACGCUGGACACCAACGUGACGUCCGCUCUCGUGGACCUCGUGCGUCUCGUCCGACACAACUGGACGUCCGACUACUACGCGCCGCAGACGGUGACAUCGGAACAAUCGCCGAAGGGCAGUCCGGCGGGGCACCGGCGGCGCUCGCCCUUCGUGCCCUACGCGCUGCGCAACCUGACCGGGCAGCGCCUGUGGUUCACCACCCUCACCACCACUUCGGAUGAGCUGCGCGAGUCGGGCGCGGCGGAGGCGUGCGCGCCGGACGACUCGUGGGUGAUGGUGCGCGGCGGCGACACGGAGCCCUUCUCGUUCGGCGCGCGGCGCGCCCGCGGCCGGCACGCCGCGCCCGCGCCGCUGCUGCGCCUCGUGCUGCGGCUGGACGGCUGGGCGCCGCCCGACCCCGUGUGCGUCGACCGCGUCGGCGUCUUCUUCCGCCACAUCGCGCACACGAAAACUGGCGCGGAGGCGCGCGUGGUGCUGGAGGUGUCGCUGGAGGGCUCGGCGCGCAAGCUGGUGACGGUGCGCUCGGCGCUGCAGCUGCACAACAAGCUGCCGCACGCCGUCGAGCUGCGCCUGGACCACGCGCCCGCCCAAGGUCCGUGGAGCGGCGGCGGCGCGCGCAGCGUGCAGGUGGCGGCGGGCGAGCGCUGGGCGGCGCCGCUAGUGGCGCGCGCGGGCGCCGUGUGGGCGCGCCCGCUGCUGCGCGCGCCCAUCGCGCCCGUGCCCAUGCUGCCGCCCGCGCCCAUCGACUGGCGCGCCGCGGCCGCCUCCGCCGAGCGCGCCCUGCUGCACCACGAGUGUCAGGCGCCGCACGACUACGUGUACAGGUUCUGCUGCGUCAUAGUGCGGGAGCGCUUCCCGCCGGACCGCGGCGAGCUGCUGGCGGGCCACACGCUGACGCUGGUGCCGGCGCUGCGCCUGGAGAACCUGCUGCCGCUGGAGCUGCAGUACCGCGCCGACCACGUGUGCGGCACGCUGGCGCCCGCCACCACGCAGCCCUUCCAUCAGGUGAACGUAGAAGAGGGAGUGGAGCUGUGCGUGAAGCUGGAGGGCUUCGGCUGGUCGACGGCUCUCAGCGUGGGCGGCGCCGGCGGCUCCGGCUCCUUCUCCGCGCGCCUCAAGCUGCGCGACCAGCGCGCGCGCCGCCUCUACCUCAACGCGAGGGUCACUGUCAAGAAAACCGACGGCAUCAAGGUGUCGAUCUCGGCCGCCUACUGGAUCGUGAACCGCACGGGGCUGCCGCUGGUGGUGCGCGCGGAGGGCGGCGCGGAGGCGGCGGGGCAGUUCGCGGAGCACGAGGUGGCGCGCAUGGUGGCGCCGCUGCCCUUCGCCUUCGCCGACGGCGACGGGCCCACCGUGGCGCUGCGCCUCGGCGACGGCAUCUCCGCGUCCGCAGAGUGGUGUUCGCCCUUCGGGCUGGGGCCGGGCGUGACGGUGAAGCGGCUGGAGGCGCGCGGCGGCGACGGCGGCGAGCGCGCCUUCGCCGUGGGCGUGGCCGUGCGCGCGGGCCGCGGCCGCUACCGGCGCACCAACAUCGUGACGCUGACGCCGCGCUACCAGCUGCACAACAACACGCAGCACGCGCUGCAGUUCGCGCAGAAGUGCUGCGCCACCACGCUGAACGACCCGGGCGCGCUGGCGACGCACGUGACGGCGGUGGCGGGCUGCUGCCUGCCGUGGCACUGGGCGCGCUGGGAGCGCCCGCGGCUGCUGUGCGCGCGCGUGAUGCGCGGCGCCGAGCCGCUCACGGCGUGGUCGGGCGGGUUCGGCGUGGACGCGGCGCGCAGCCUGCACCUGGCGUGCCGGGAGAGCGGCGGUGCCUACCACAUCCUGCGCGUGGAGGUGGUGCCGCAGGGCGCCGCGCUGCUGGUGGUGCUGACGGACGCGAGCGCCGCGCCGCCGCCGCUGCGCAUCGACAACUGCUCGCCCGUCGCCAUCAUGUUCCACCAGGUGGGCUGCACGGAGGAGUGCGUGGUGAGCGCGGGCGCUCGCGCGCGCUGGGCGCUGCCGGAGCCCGAGGGCGCGCCGGCGCUGGCGCUGCGCGCGCCGGGCGGCCCGCGCCUCACGCUGCCGCUGCACGCGCUGCACGACACGCACACGCUGCUGUACCAGAACUUCAUCUACGUCGCCUUCGUCGCCACCGCCACGGCCGCGCCCACGCACGACGGCUCGGCGACGGACUCGUCCACGCCGGACUCCGACGUGUUGGUGCUGGAGGUGCCGCUCGGCUCCACGCGCGUGCAGCUCGCGCGCAAGCGAUACGGCGACCGGUCGCAGCUGUGGCGGCGCGGGCCCAGCGAGCAGCUGAUCCACGAGGGCAGCUCGCCCCCGCAGCCCACCGACGCGCUCAGCGACGACAGCGCGCUCAGUCCGCAUGCGCUGGUGCUGGACAUCGAGGAGGCGGCCCCGCGGCCGGGGCGCGCGGCGGCGCUGGUGCUGCGGCGCGCGGACGGGCGGCGCGCCUCCACGCAGGCGUGGCGGCUGCUGCGCGAGGGCCGCGGCGCCGCGCGCAUGGCGUGCGCGCACGCCAACCUGUGCGUGCAGCCCGAGCACGGGCUCAUGGGGCUCGCGCCCGGCGGGCGCGUGGUGCUGGGGUUGCCGGGCGCGGGGCGCGGCGGCGCGGCGGUGCCGGCGGAGCAGGCCGUGGCGUGGCACACGCUGCGGCCCGGUUCCGGCCGCCUCGCCGUGCAGCUGUGCGCCGACGGGCCCACGCGCCUCGUGCGCAUCGCCGACCACGCCAACCCCGACUGCAAACAGCUGGACAGCAGCGACGAGGAGGGCGCGGCGGAGGCGGCGGAGACGGGCGCGGCGCGCGAGUGGGGCGUGCGGCUGGCGCUGGGCGGGUUGUCCGUGUCGCUGGUGGCGCGCUGGCCGCCCGCCGAGCUGCUGUACGCGCACUUCGCGGGCGUGCGCCUGGACGCGGCGCGCGCGCGCAGCCACGCGCACUUGGCGCUGUCCGUCGACUGCAUGCAGUGGGACAACCAGCUGGCGAGCACGCCCAGCCCGGUGCUGCUGCACUGCCUGCCGGAGCGCGCGGGCACUGUGGGCGCGGGCGGCGCGGGCGGCGCGGGCGCGGCGCUGCCGGCGCUGCACGUGUCGCUGGAGCUGCAGCGCGCGCCGCCGCGCAACUACAACGCCGUGUACUUCAACCACUUCGUGGUGGCGCUGCGGCCCAUCGCCGUGCGCCUCGAUGAGAGACUGAUCUUGCUGAUGUGGUCGUGGGUGGAGGGCGGCGCGGGCGAGGCGGCGGACGCGGAGGAGCCGGACGAGGCGGAGUUCGAGACGCGGCGCGUGCUGCACGAGCUCACCGCGCUGCACGCCACCCGAUACUACUUCGCGCUCAUCAAGGUCAUACCCAGCCAGGUCCGGCUGUCGAUGUUCACGGCCAGCAAGCUGGAGGGCGAGCUGAGCGCGCUCAAGCGGCGCCUGGGGCUCACGUUCAUACGCUUCGAGGACGCGGCCGUGGAGCUGGAGCCCUUCGUGCGCGCGCACUCCUUCGACACCGCCGCCGGCCUGGCGCGCCAGCUGCUGCAGCACUUCAAAGACGAGUUGAAGUGGCAGGCGGCCAAGAUCCUGGGCUCCGUGGACUUCCUCGGAAACCCGCUGGGCUUCGUGGCCGACGUGUCGGAGGGCGUGUCGGGCCUGCUGCUGGAGGGCAACGUGGGCGCGCUGCUCAAGAACGUGACGCACGGCUUCUCCAACUCCGCCGCCAAGGUGACGGAGACGCUGGGCGACGGGCUGGAGCGCGUGGUGGGCGACGAGGCGCACGAGGAGACGCGGCGCCGCAUCCGCUCCGGCGCGGCGGGCGCGCACCUCGCCGCCGGCCUGCGCGGCCUGGGCCUGGGCCUGCUGGGCGGCGUCACGUCGCUCGUCAAGCACAGCUACGAGGGCGCCGCCGCCGAGGGCGUGGCGGGCUUCUUCGCGGGCGUGGGCAAGGGGCUGGUGGGCACCGUGACCAAGCCCGUCAUCGGCGUGCUGGACCUGGCCGCCGAGACGGCGGCGGCGCUGCGCGACUCGUCGCGGCGCGCGGGCGCCGUGCCGCAGCGGGCGCGCGCGCCGCGCCUGGCCGCCGCCGCCGCCGCGCCGCUGCCGCGCUACUGCCCCGAGCUGGCGGCGGGCGCGGCGCUGCUGCUGGCGCUGCCGGCGGCGCCGGGCGAGCGCUUCCUGGCGUACCGCAUCGUGCGCGACGCGCCGCACGACAUCCGCGCGCUGCUGUCCGACUCGCACCUGCGCAUCGUGACGUGCAAGCACGCGGCGCCGCAGGUGGUCAUGGAGACGCCGCUCGGCAACCUGGUGUCGUGCGCGGCGCUGGAGGCCGACGGCGCGUGGUUCGUGGAGCUGGGCGUGCGCGGCGGCGGCGCGGGCGAGGCGCUGCGCCGGCCGCGCGUGCAGUGCGACAGCGCCGACGUGGCGCGCUGGCUGGCGCGGCACGCGGCGGCGGCGCGCCAGCUCCACCACGACCGCCGGCACACGCUGCUGCCGCACGCCGACCUGUAGGUCCACUUGUAGCCGACCAUUUGCAUUUCAACGAAAAAUUUACAUUUUUUCGUUGAAAUGCAAAAGGCACAUUUCCUAAAAAAAAAAUAUUAUCUUUAACAUUUCCAAAUAUUUUGACGAGUUCUAAUACGACAGAAUAUUUCGCCGAGUGCCGUCGACACGGAUAAACUUCCGCGGAUGACUCCAACAGUAUUUGACCAUUCCUACCAGUAAUGUUAUUUUUACUUUGUUUCAUAAACAAUAUUACGUAUAUUAACUAACAAAAUAAACUCUUAAGUAUUUAUACAAUCACUGUACUGCUACUUAAUAGUGUUACUUUAGCUCAAAAAUAUGUAUUGCUAUAUCGAACACAAUAAUUAAUGUAAAAUUUAUAAGAAAAAAUAAUUAAUCCAAUAAAAUCAAUAUUUUCGUUGACGUAACACAAAAUGUUCUGUCCACAAAAACGCACAAUUUGUGGAGCGUGUUGUAUUGAAUACGAUUAUGUGAGCAAUAUAGUAAUUAAGCCGAUACACGUAUGGAGUGGAAAAUAAUGAUCGUAUUGUGUGAACGACUUCAAAUAUUAUUGUUUGUUCGUGUUUAUCGGAUAAUCACGUUGACUGACUUGUUUAUUCUUGAUGAAUGUUAUGAAAAAUAUACAAUUGUGAUUUAUGGUGUAUGGAAGUUGCGUGAAUUGGAUUUCUAUCUUGGACGUUGACAAACUUCGACUAGACGCUAAGGUAUGAAAGGAUGAUACAGUCGAAUGCUGUAAAUACAAAUUAAAAUGUAUUUUCACUACGAAGCGACUUUUAAGUAUUGUUGUUUUUAUAGAUUAGAUAACAUCUAUAAAAAUUUUCGCCAAAUAAAAAUCCUCCUCGUAUUUAUUCCUUUUGAUAUGUAAUUCUGUCAUCUAGUCUAUAAUAUGUAUAAACACAAAUAUAUCUUGUGUUCCAAAUGAUAAGCUUAUGUUGUGUAACUAACUCGUAAUACUUUCUACGUCGGAUUAAAAGAUAAAACUUAAAUAUAUGAAGUAUUGUAGGAAGGAUGUCUGUGUUUUUAUCUGCGUGAGAGUUAGAUGAUUAUUUUUGUAACUUGUUUCAUAUAUUGAUUGAAGAGUAAGAUCAAUCGUUUGCAAUAUGCUGUACCAAACAAUUAUUUAUUGCCUUGAUAGUGUUAGACAGAGUUCUGAGAGACUGGGAAUAAUUUAGUUCAUAGAUUAGGCUGAUGUAUAGUAAUAUAUAAUAUCAGUGCCGGAUUAAGCUAGCGUGGGGCCUGUAGCAGAUUUAAACAGGGGACCUUUUAGGUUAAAAAAAACAAAUUCUAAUUUGGUUUUUUCCCCCAAAAGUGACCUUUAUAUUUAAAAAUUAGAAAGUCAAGAUUUUCCUGAAAUCUACUAAUAGAAGGAAGCUAUAUUCUGUAUUUUUUAUUUUUUUAUUUUAGGUUUAUUACUUGAGAGAUUCAAGUUUGAAUCAGGCUUGAACAGUACUAUCCUUGAAUAACAGUAUAUAUCCUUGAUUAAUUCAAAAGCUAUUAAUUUUAAAAUGAUCCCUGUUAAAAAGCUCUUUCAUUUGAUGAAUCACUCUAUGCAGUUUUAAAAACAAAAAAUUGUUCCAAUUGCCCACCAAAAUUGACCUUCACAUUUUUUUCUCGGUCACGGGCCCCCAUCUGAACGCAGGGCCUGUAGCAAAUGCUACCUACCGCCCUAUGGCUAAUCCGGCGCUGUAUAAUAUCGCACAUACAUUUGAUAUGAUACGUGUGAAGUGCGCUCUAUAUAUAUUAGAUGUAGUGAAAUGCGAAAGGCUGUGGUACUUUGUAGUUCCCAGUUAGCAGGAGCGGAUAUAGGAUUUAUCUGUUCACUCGGAAAUAAAUAUUUUGAUGACGCAAUACAUAUUAUAUCGUGGCUUUAGUAAACAGAUUAAAAAGUCGAUUUGAAAUUAGAAAUAAAUAACCGAAUAAAAUAAUAAGAACUUGGAAUCACCUUCAUUUGAUAAAGUGGCAAUUCAUAUAAAGUAUUACAAGUUUCUUUAAGUGUUUUAAUUUAGUUUUUAAGUUUUCCAAAUUGCCUUUUUUUGACAAACUCUGUAAAGGUAGUAAACAGAAGUUUUGAAAUCGUUGAAGCUUUUGUUGUUUUAGCACGAACAGUUACUAUUUUAUUUAUAUUUCAAGAUUAAAUCUCAUUCUAAGCUGAUAUUGUUAUAUUUGUAAGUGAUAGAUCACAAUAAUAUAUUUGUUACUAGCGGACGCCCGCGACUUCGUCCGCGUGUAAGUCGUUGUAAACUUUCAACUACCCCUAUCCUACCCUACCCUACCUCUACCCUACCCUAUCCCAACCCUACCACUACCCUACCCCUGCCCUACCCCUACCCUACCCCUACCCUACACUACCCCUACCCUACCCCUACCCUACCCUACCCUACCCCUUCCCUACUCAUUAAGGCUGCACUUCUUUAUUUAUUCCCCCCCCCCCCCGCGAGUCGCGUCGAGCAUGAAUUAGUAUUCACGCGCGAUGGCUUAGCGUAUUUCUUGUAUAACUUUGGUGUUUCUUUACCGAUUUUUAUGAUUCUUUUUUUAUUGAAUAGGUAAUAAUGUUAACUUUUUUAGUUAGGGAUGAGUGAUGAGUGUUAUAAACAUAAGAGUAAACAAAUAUAAUUAGAAAGCUCCGAACUGCUAAGCUAUCGGGAGUUACACGUGUUAUUGUGAGUCAACCAUAAAAGAUAGACAUAUAUAUGCUGUUGUGUUUUUAUAGAUAAUUUUAAGGAAAACAUUUCCGUCAUACAUUAUUUCUAUGUAGCUUUAACCAUUAAGGCUGUACACGCGACGGAAGCUUAAAAAUUUGAGUAACUUCUCCUGUUUUCUCAACAUUUCUCUUCACUGCUCUGCUCCUAUUGAUCGUAGCGUAAUGAAAAGUAUACUAUAACCUGCCCAGGAGUAUGUAGAAUAAUUGUACCAAGUUUCGUUAAAAUCCGUCCAGUAGUUUUUGUUUCUAUAAAGAACAUACAGACAGACAGACAGACAGACAGACAGACAGACAAAAAUUUUACUAAUUGCAUUUUUGGCAUCAGUAUCGAUCACUAAUCACCCCCUGAUAGUUAUUUUGGAAAUAUAUUUCAUGUACAGAAUUGACCUCUCUACAGAUUUAUUAUAAGUAUAUAGAUAAUAAAACCGUUGCCACGUUUAGUAAUUUUUAAAGCCCCUGUAUAACUCUUGCGUUACUUUGCGACUCUGCCAAGAUCAAUAGAAACUUUCAAGUUUACUAUACUUGAGAAGAAUAAAUUUUUUAGUUUACUAUACCUACUUUCAGUUGGAAUCACAAUUAUUUUAUUUUGUAUUUAAUUGGUGCGAUAUAGGUGCUUCGGUGUUAUUUUAGUUAGAUACCUUGGGACAUGUUUGUAUCAUACAAAUUAAUUAGGUGACGGAAAUGGCCUUCAUAUAUCUUUAAUUGGCGGUGCCUAUUAUUUUAAAUUUACCUAUUUAUUAUUUUCUGCGAAAGAUUUGGUUUUGCUCAUUCUCAUUCGUCUCUCCUCUAUGAGCGAGUCUCACGAGUCACAAGAGACGCCUUUACGAGUCGUUUUGUCCUAAACAAGUGAAAUUAAGUUUUAAGUUUCGCGCAAAUUGUGUCUCGAAUUAAAUACGAUACUACUUUAUUAUGCAGCUGUAUAGAUUACGCCAAACUUCUGGUCCGUUCUGACGUUGAAAUACUUCUAAAUAUUAUUAUAAUUUAUAACCCUGCUAGGAUAUGGAUUUAUGCCAUAUGCCUCGUGUUCAGUGCGGACUCGAAGUUUGUCACAUAUACCAUACCUAUGUUUAAAUGUUAUCUAUUACAAAUAUUUUGCUGAAGUUUCUGUAGAAUUUGUUUUUACCUUGACUCUGUAUGUAUAUACCUAAUAUAGAUAGGCUAAUUAAUUGGCUCAAAACUGAUAACUUAAUUUUAAGUGUAACGACUUAAUUAUUUCAAUAAAGUAUUGACACCAAGUGAUCGUACCUAAGCUACAACCUAAUAAAUUUGUAUAAAAAUUACAA